AUGGAAACCUCAUCCUCACCGCACGGCAUCGCGAAUCACCUCUUCGCCAUCACAGGCGCAGCCUCAGGCAUCGGCCGCGCAACAGCCACACUCCUCGUGCAAAGCGGGGCCAAAGUCUCGCUCGCAGACAAAGACGAAGCAUCCGUGCUGCAACUAGCCCUGGAACUCGGCGAAAACGCCACGGGAUACAAAGUCGAUGUUACAAAGAGUGAGGAGGUGGAAGCGUGGAUUGCGGGUGCGGGUGAGAAGUGGGGGAGGGCAUGUAUAGACGGCGCAGUCAACCUCGCAGGUAUAUCCGGGUCCCUAGCCCCAGUCCACGCGCACUCGCCUUCCAACUACGCCGCCGUCUUCGGCGUGAAUGUCGAGGGGACAUUCAAUUGCAUGGCGGCGCAACUACGCAACAUGCGUGUUGCAAACGGCGAUGUACCAGGCGGAUCUAUCGUCAAUGCGGCUUCGAUAACGGGAUUGGUGGGGAAACCGCAUUGCAGUAUUUACUGUGCUUCAAAGCAUGCGGUUGUGGGGCUUACGAAGGCGGCGGCGAAGGAGCAGGCGGAGACGGGGAUAAGGAUUAACGCGAUUGCUCCUGGCUUUGUGGAUACGCCGCUCAUGCAUGCGCUCGACGCCGAACUCGGAUUCGCGCUGCCAAACGAUGCGGUGUUGGGGCGUAGGGCGCGUCCCGAGGAGGUGGCUAGGGUGAUUCGCUUCUUGCUUAGUAGCGAGGCGAGCUUUGUGACUGGAUCGGUGUAUCAGAUCGAUGGUGGGAUGGUGUGCUGA